AUGCAAUCAAUCGACCAAAAGAUGAACUCGCUCGGAUCCCAACCGGCCACCUGCUUCUCGCCCCGGCGCUCGGCGAACUUUGCCGGCCCGACCACCAACGCCGAGCACUGGGACUCUCAGACCCCCAGCCUCCAGUCCGGCUCAUCCUCGAUCUCCCAUCUGUCCGGAGGCCUGGGCUCACCCACGCUCGACUCCCUCCCGGUCGACGACGGCUACCGUCCGAGCUCGGCCAGCUGGCUAGAAAACUCACACCCAAUCUUGGACAGAGAGCAAUCCGUCAAAACUUCUUUCCUCAGCACAACUUCCCAACAGCACCCCUGCUCGCUCUCGCCUCUCAACGAACUCAACCCCACCUCGCCAUCCGGCUCCAGCUUUGGUCCCUCCACCACCCUCUCAACUCCUCCCUCUGCCCAGGCCGUCUCACAUGCCAGAAAUCCUUCUCUUCCGCCUGCCCUCGAAGAUCUCAUCCCGCUCCAAGACUCGGCCACCCAGGAGUCCGCGCAUGAUUCAAUCCAAACCGGUCCCCAGAACCCUGUCCUCGCCCCAUUGCCCUCAAUCCUUCAAGUCAAUGCCCCCCAGAUCAACCAGCCCACCCCGCUUAACGAAUGGGAUCAAACUUCCUUCAGCCUUUCUGUUGCCUUUACCGGUGCAAUCUACCGCCCCCAGAUGAGCCACCCCGAGUCCGAGCACGAUUCCACCGCACCCCCCGCUUUUUUCCCUCUCCAGCGAGUAGGCUUCUCACCUCAGCUCAAAGUACACUCCCGUCACCUACCGCAAGCGGCCGGCUUCCCCCUUUCUUUGAUCGGCGGAAUGACCCUCGGCGUCACUGGUGCUGUUGGCGUGCCUGUUGUGGACCGCAAGACCGGCCGACAGGCCAGAGAAUCCCGCACCAACGCCAAGAAGUGGAAGACCCAGCGUGUCGUCGUCGAUUUUGUUACUGACCUCAGCCAUGGCCUCGAGACCUGGAAGGCCGACGCUGAAUUCGCCACACAAGCCUCGAGCGGUGUUCCUCUCAACCAGCUCGACGGCCAGGCUGUCCUUCCUCCGGGAACCUACAUCCUACCCUUGAGCAUGAAGAUUCCUGCUUCGGACAGAUUACCUCCGUCAUUCAGAUCUGACCACUUCAGGAUCACCUACACCAUGUCGCUGGCUGUCUGGUCCAAAGCCACCGAUCCGCUCACCGGUCAACCGAUCCACUGCAAGGUUUUCACCGUCCCUUUCGACAUUCUUCCAUCCACCUUGCCAACGGGUCCACCUAAGCUUCCCCGGCUUGUGUGGGAGGACCGAUCAUUCAACGGAUCGAACCCUUGGAACGGCAUGUGGGAAGGCUUCAAGCGGGUGCUUGGCCACCCCGGCGCCAACGGCAUCCUACCCACCGUCAAUCGCAAACGCUCCAUUGCUGCCGUGACUGCCCAGAUGCACGGUCCUCAAGCCACCGCUGCCGCUAUCGCAGCUUCCACCGCCACCCACAUCGUCAUUCCCUCUUUACCCUCGUCCUCUUUCAGCCCCGCAUCCCAAGCGUCGAUCCCUGUCACGCUGUCAAUCAUCGACCGGCCGAUCGUCCCCACUGACCUUUAUAUCCGCAUCAGCUUGAUUCGCUCGAUCUAUGCUCGUGAUAGCAAAAGUGAUUGGCUGACCGAGGCCACUGAGUACUUAUUACCCGAGGAAGUCUUGUUGGAAAAGCAUCUCAAAGAGGAAAAGGAAAUUUGCUCUCGAUGGGGUUAUAUCCCCUACCACCUUCGACCCAACGCCAACCCCUUAGAGGAGUGCGAGGUGUUGAUCCGAGAUCUAUCGAUUCCACUGUUGAAUGACGGUGAAGUCGGCUGGGCGCACGGAUACUCGACUUCUCUGGAGCUUGAGCCGUCGGAGGCCCCGACGAUCGAUCACCAUCCAGUCUCCGGCUCGUCAUGGUUUGCCCCCGCAUUCCGUCGCCGGGCGCCAGUUGAGAAGGAGUACGGUCGCCAUCUGCACGUGUCUACCCGGUUCUCGAUUGCGAUCGAGAUUGGCUUUGCACGAGUGCCCGAGCAAAACCAGGGCACCGGUAUCCUCCACGACACCCUCCAACAGGUCAAGAUGGCCGUCGGCGACGACUUCGUCAUUCCUGCGCCCCACACCUUCACCAAGGCUUCUGCGCCCAGACACACCGCCACCGGCGUGAGCGUCACCAACCCUUUCCCGGCGUCGACCUCCUCACCCAGCGCCCAGUCCUCCGGGCACCGUCACCACAACUCUCUCCCCAUCAAUCUGCCCUCGACCUCCUCGUCCGUGCCUGUUCCUCGGGUGUUAUCGUCGCGUCUGAGCGGACAUUACCGCUCAGCCAGCGGGACCAUGGCCGCCCCGCCGCCCUCAUUCCCGGGGAAGAUCCGCACCCUGCGAUGCCCAAUUGUUAUCGGCUCGGUCGCAGAGCCCAACCUCUCCUGUCUGCUUCUGCCCGAGGCCGACCGUCGCUCGAACGGCAGUCGCAUGGCAUCCGGCGACGCGGGCUCCCUCGAUCCCGCCGAACCUGAGUCCGACGACGAGCGCAGACGCCGCGAAGAGGCCGAGGACAUGCGCAGAGCCGUCGAGGCUGCCGAGCCUUCCCUCGUCGGUGACGGCGAGGCUUGGAUUUGCGCACCGCCUGAUUACGACCAAUCGCUUAAGGGCCCUCCCGCCUAUCUCUUCUGA